GUCCGGAGUGCGGCCCGCGGGCAUGCCGGAUCCACCAGGGGCGCCGCCACCGGCGCUCGCAGGCCGCGGGUGAAGAAAGUGCGGACUCGCUCGGCCCGGAGCGAAGAGGUGGCCCGGAGCGAAGAGGGGGCCGGGAGUGAAGAGGUGGCCGGGAGCGAAGAGGUGGCCGGGAGCGAGGAAAUGGCGACAGGCGGCCUCAGCGUGACCGUCACCCACAGCAAUGAGAAGCAUGAUCUUCACGUUAUCCCGCAACAGGGCUGGAGUGAGCCAAUUGUCCAAGACCUGGCCCAGGUUGUUGAGGAGGCCACAGGGGUCCCACUGCCUUUUCAGAAACUUAUAUUUAAGGGAAAAUCUCUGAAGGAAAUGGAGAAGCCAUUGUCAGCACUUGGAAUACAAAAUGGUUGCCGAGUCAUGUUAAUUGGGAAGAAGAACAGUCCAGAGGAAGAGGUUGAACUAAAGAAGUUGAAAGAUUUGGAGAAGUCUGUGGAGAAGACAGCUGACCAACUGGAAGAGUUGAAUAAAGAGCUUACUGGAAUCCAGCAGGGCUUUCUGGCCAAGGAUUUGCAAGCUGAAGCUCUCUGCAAACUUGAUAGGAGAGUAAAAGCCACAAUUGAGCAAUUUAUGAAGAUCUUGGAAGAGAUUGACACGCUGAUUCUGCCAGAAAAUUUCAAAGACAGUAGACUGAAAAGGAAGGGUUUGGUGAAAAGGGUUCAGGCAUUCCUAGCUGAAUGUGACACCGUGGAACAGAACAUCUGCCAGGAGACAGAGCGGCUACGGUCCACAAACUUAGCUCUCGCCGAGUGAGGUGAGGCAAAGAGAGCAUGUGCUGCCUUGAAGAACAGUGCCACCACCUCUGUCCUCUCUGGAAUAGAAGUGACCUGAUUUCUUCAGGGCCGCUGGGGACAAUUGGCCGGUUGCCUGUUUUCUUGCCCCUCUACCUGUUCUCAAUGAACAAGUGUUUGCAAUAUUCAGUAGAGCUCCUGUCUGUUUUCUCAUUCUGUCUCUGUAUGGCUGUGCUGUCCUGCAGCCCACCUUGUCUGGAGAGGGCCUCCCCUGCCCAAGUCUUCCCAGCUCUUUUGAGCUUUGGGUGCUUUCUUUGGGCUGGAGAGACCUCCUAUUUGGGUUUAUAGGCCACCCACAUCUUCAGAUACAUGAGGCCUUUUUGCCCUUGUGAUUCUAUAGCCUACAGAUGUAACCUAGAACCACCAGGAGGUUACAUCUAGUCAGGAAUGUCGGGAGUAGCUCAGAACAGGUGUUUGGCAACGUGGGGUAGUCCAAACAUCCCUCAUUGUAACCUAAUUCUGGCACAGCUGGCCGGAUUGUUGGUUCAUAGACCCUGACCUCACCUCCCAGUGACCCUGCCCAGCCUUGGGCCUUGAGAUCUCAGAAGCCCAUUUCUGGGUGGGGCUUGUAUUGAUGCUUAGACUUCCUUGUCCUCAGGUAAAUCUCUAGUAGGUUAAGGCUGGUAUUGACUGAAUCUCUGCUUGAAACCAGGCCACAAGUAUGGCUUAGUGGGGGCAAAGAGAAGAGUCACAGUGAGGCAGGUAGUGAAGGCAACUGUAAACUUCUCAGGAGUUCUUUCAAAGGCAUUUCUGUUUCAUUGUACCCUUCUGAGGUCAGUGUUUCCCUCAAGGCUGUUCCUGUUUUUUUUGUGGCCUUUUCCCCCUACGUUGUUAUGUUUUUUAAAAAGUAGUUAAUGUACGUACACAUCAUCAGUAAGCAAAACAAUGUUCCAAGUUUUUUUGAUGAAGUUUGAGAAGCAAAAGCCUUCUGCGAUUCUAGCUAUAAUUUAUGUUUAAUAAGGUUGAGAGUGGCUCUGUAUGCUAGAACUCUUAACCGGCUCGGCUGCCGUCACCCCAGAUUUUCCCACAGUGCCCAGGAGACAGGAUUCCAACAGGCCACUCUGAGGCUGACCUUAUUUGGCAGAGAGGGAGUCCCAGAAGCCCCAGGAAUUUAGGACUGCGCAGGCGGGGCCUAGCACAAGGCAGUGGCAGUGGGGCAUAAGUGGAUGAGGCUCCACCUUGCCCAGCCCACCUUGCACUUUAAUCAGCAGUUCAGUAUUUGUUUUUAUACCGUAGCCCUGUGGCCUUGGGCCAAAACAUGUAAUGAGAAGUUCCCGUCCACCAGAUGCUGUUCUGAGUUCUUUGGGUGUAUUAGUUAUUUAAUCCUCACACAUUCUAAGAGGCAGACAGAUACUCUCCCCAUGUUAAAGGUGAGGAAGCAGAGAGCUCAGGUAAUUUCUCAAGGUCAUAAGUGGCAAGGCCAGGAUACAAAGCUAGAUGGUUUGAUUUAGAGCCCAUGCUCUUAAUCUCCACUAUACUGCCUCCUGACAAUGUGGGCUUUCUCACUCCCUCUCAUAUUCUCUCUUCCUCUCUCUCUUUCUCCCUCAUUGGUCUCUACUUCCCCUCUGGCCCUCUGCAAAGCAGCUUGAGUGGUCAUAAAGUACAGAUUUUACCAUGUCAGUCCCCUUAGGAUAAAGGCCAAAGGCCCUACCCUGUGCGCUCUCCCUGUCAUCCUGGGCCACUCUCCUGUUUGCUGGCUGCUGUGGUCUUCCAGAUGCUCUGUGCCCUCUCCUGCCUUGAGCAGGCCCUCUCCUUGCCUGUCUUUGCACAUGCUGUUCCUCCACUUGGACAGCUCCUUACCAUCUCUCCCGGUCCCUACCCCACCCCCUUUCUAGGUAACUGAACAUCCCUUGAACUUAAGUCAAAUGUCUCUCCAUAAAGAAACCUCUUCUACUGUCAGAACAUAUCAAACCCCCAUGCGAUACCGUUUCCCAGUUUGCCAUAACUUUUCUUAAUGAUAAGUAGCACGAUAAACCAUGAUGAUUUAUUUGUGGGAUUAUUUGAUUAAUAUGUACCUUUAACCCUAGACUCUCUAAGUUCCUUGGGUUAAGGAGUUUCUUUGUCUUGUUAACAACGUAUUUCAAGCACAUCUAUUUAUAAUGGGUGCUCAAUAAAUAUUUGGAGAAUAAAUGAA